AUGAAUAUGUUUGCAUACCAUGAGAAUGCCGCUGGCGGCGAGGAACCUGCAAGCUCUGUUGCAAACACACCCCUUGAGCCCACUGGCCUCGGCGACGUCGCGGUAUUCAUUGGUCAUAUUCAGGGGCGGGAAGCAGAAAGAUUUAUUGAACUUAAUCAAGAGCACAUCUGGAACUCGCCUCGCAGGGGUGCGCCGCAAGAGAGUGAUGACGAGACCGACGACGAGGAAUCGGAACCGUGGCGGGGACAGAUGCAUGCCGCUAUUCCUCUUGAUGGUCCCAUACUGUGUCAUUCCUUUCCAAAGCCUUCCAAAAGGCCAAACGGCUGGCGCCACGGCGCAGAGACAAGGAGAUCAAGGGAAAAAGGCGAGAGGCCGUGCGACAUGGUGUAUCCCCUCAACGCCAAAAGUGGUAUCAGCAGCUCGAUGUUUCGCAUCGACUUUGCCCCUAACCCCGAAAAGAAGCCUACCCCGAGAAUCACCCCGGAGAUGCGCCACCCCCAGGCCCCCAUCCGCAUCGAGAGGGGAACAAACACUCUCAGGCGAGGCUUAGGUCAUAGCGAGAUUCUUGACCAGCCGGCUAAGAUAUAUCUCAACGAUAACGACCCCGGGUGUCUGAGUUUUUGGGUGUGGUCACCUGUCCGCAACGCGGCCGAACAGAAGGUGUUCAUCGAACACAUCAAGGCCUUGUAUAAUCGUGGGAAUUGCCUGGACGAAACACACUUUCCAGGCGUUACAUCCGCUGGCGGCUCCACCAUGGCCCCGUCGCGUGCAGGCUACGAGACACGGACAGGACUGACUGGCACGGUAUACCAGAUCGACGGCGAAUUGAUUUCACACGGUUCUUUCAGAGACGUGUAUCCUGUCAAAAUCAUCGGUCAACCUGUUUGCAACCUAGUCAUGCCAAAGCAGACCGCCACCCAGAAACGACUGGCCGAGAUGCUGAAAAAAGAGGCCGGAAAGUACCAACUCAAACCCCCUCAAUUGAGGCUGGUCGCAAAAGUGGUCAGACUAAAGGGAGAUGAUAGUCAGUCGACGCAGGACUAUAGAGAAAUGCUGGAAAAAGAAGCUGAGUUUGUACAAAGUCACCCACAUUUUCACAUCAACACAAUCUACGACAUAGCCUACAAGCCCGGAGCUGAUGACAGACCGUGGCUCAUCGAACAACGCCAGGACUACUGCCUCGACGACGAGUGGUUACCCCUGACAAUCGACAAGCCGGACAUGGCUAAGCAAAUCAUUUGCGGCUUAAAGCACAUACACGACCACGAUUCGAUACAUCGCGACAUGAAGCCGGCCAAUAUAAUGCUGGAGCUCGUAGAGUUCCACGCCGACGGCCUUGAUCUGGGCCGAUGGGUCGUCAAAUUCACUGAUCAUGGCAUGGUGGCGUCUACUGACUACAUGGUGGAGGGAAGGUGUGGGUCACCCUGGCACUGCGCCCCUGAGGUCCUGGAUUCCAAGCGUUACAGCAAGCCAGCCGACAUCUUCUCGACCGGCGUCGUGCUUUUGUGUAUGUUUGCGGAAUACGACCCCAACCGCCAGCGAUCCAACUGGUCGCCCUCCUCGUCUUCCGACGUACGACAAUGGAUGAUCGAAGAAGUUGAUCUAAUCAUUGAGAAGAAAUGCCCUCGGGAAUACCGGGUUCUGCUCAAGGGAAUGCUUGAAAAGAGGCCAAAGGCACGGUGGAACGUGGACAAGUGCCUGGAUUUCCUGCUGAGAGGGGACCAAAGCCAAACACGCGACAGUAGCUUCUCGAUUGCUCCGACUUUACCUUGGACAACAGAACCCUUUACAGAGGAACAGAAACAAGAGAGUCUCAUGAGAAAGGAGGAAGCGCUCAGGCGCGACGGGGUGGUGGAGUCCGACGAUGGGCUGUCUGAGAGCGAUAGAACCGUCACCCCAGGAGCUCCAAGUCUACUUGCAGACGACAGACUUAUGGAGGAUGACGUGCCGGCGACGCCCAAGCUCACUCGCCCGAUGCGGCUACCCGUCACGCCUUGCCAAGGCCUCGCAGGAGAAGACGCACUACCUUCCGCGGCCUGCACGCCCGUUUUUGGCGAUGGCGCUUCGGUUCGAGCCGUCAAGCGAGUCACAGCGCAGCCAGCAUCUUACGAUUUCAGCGUCACGUGGGACUGGCACGACCCAGAGGGAGUGAGCGGCUCUGGAAUUCGGUGGAGAAGCCUUCCACCGCCUCGGGUAUCCACGAGCGAAUUCUCCAAGCCGCGUCCGAAGCCUGGGCUUCACCUCGGAAUUGCCGACGUCAACUGGGGUUUCAAUCCGCACCCGCAGACCAAGGCACAACUGUUUUCGCCACCACAGCAGUUGACCGAGAAUAUGACAAACAUGAUUCAGAACGCAGAGGGUGAGGAUUCUGAGGCAGAGACGGAGAUAUUGGGCGGAAACGAAGACCCUGAAGUAUUGCCCGACACCCGUGACGACAACGAUUCUGAGGCAGAGACCGUGAGGCAUGCUCAAGACAGAGGACCUGAAGCAUCACACUCCAGCCGCAGAGUGGCCCGAACGAAUGCGCCGACCAACAACGAUCAUGAGAACGCAGCACCGGACGACUACAAGCCCAUAUUUCUUCAGGAGCUGGCUCGAAACAGGAAGCGCAGAGCCUUAUUUUCGACACAGGCCAACAAGAGAAAUAGAAACGGACUCUACAUUUCCUUUUGCAAGGAAGUCGGCUUGGGCAAUGGUCGUCGGGCGAGGGUGAUCCGCUGA